GGUCUGGUCUGUGUCAAGUCUAUAAUGUUCUAACUUCUCAUCCCGCGUACGCGCUCUGGAUACCUCAUUAGCGCAUGCAGGCGUCGCGUCGGACGAAUCGUACGCUGUGACCAUCAUGGUGGUAGCUGACGUGUAUCGCGCGUUGACGGACGCAAGGCCAUUGAACCACGACUUGACUACACGUACACACGCGCGCGCGCUGCGUCGGUACAUAUACUACAUACCUAGUAUGAUGGAUGGAGACCAUUCCCCGCGCUGAAGCUUGCCAACAUAUCGUGUCGUUAUCCCUACUCGACCAUGUCUGUUCUUCGUCGAACAAGCCGCCGUCUGCCCAUCGUAACGCGAGCUCGAAGGCGGGCCCGAACGCAACCACGGCGGCCAUUCGGAGUCUCACUGGCCUUCAAGCUCCUCCUGUUGGUAGCAUGCGCACUACUCUGUUCUCCCAUGGCAAACGCGCGAACAGAGGCCGCGGAUCCAACUACGCUAUCCUAUGGCGCCGUCAUUGGCAUAGAUAUCGGAGCAACAUACAGCCGUGUGGCCGUACAUCAGAACGGCAGCGUACAAGCCAUCCCGAACUCUUUCGGCCAGCGAGCGACGCGCUCCCUCGUUCACUUCGUCGACGGGCUGCCACAGGUAUACGACCCGGUCGACACUCUCCCCGACCACAUCUCCGACUUCAAUGCCCUUCUCGGGAGCAAGUACGACGACCCAGACGUGCAACGAGUCAUCGGGCGCUGGCCGUUUCCGGUUUUGGAACGUGAGGGAAAGCCCGUCCUCCGGGUAGAGCAGAACGGGACGAUGCAUGAGUUUACACCAGAAUCCCUCACUGCGACAAUGCUAGCCUCCCUCAAAGCCGGCGCGGAGGCCUAUCUUGGAUCGAGCGUCACUGACGCCGUGCUGACUGUCCCUGCCUACUACAACGACGCCCAGCGCCACGCCAUCAGAGACGCCGCGUCCCUCGCCAACCUGACCGUCCUUCGAGUGGUAAACGAGCCUCAGGCUGCCGCCGUGGCAUACGGUCUCGACCAGGAGGGCGGGGAAUAUGCUGCGCUCGUGGUCGACCUCGGCGGCGGGUCGCUGGACAUCACCCUGCUUAGCGUGGAUGAUGGUGUCUUCGAGAUCCUAGCGAUCUCGAGUAACUCGGAUGUUGGGGGGCGGGAGUUUGACGAGCGGCUGGUUGGGUAUUGGGUGCAGAAGCAUGCGGCGAUGUUGGGGGAGGACGUGAUAGAAGUCACGGCUCAGAUGCAACGGCUCAGAUGGACAGCCCAGCACGCGAAGGAGGCGCUUUCAAGCAGAGACAAUACCUCCAUCCGCAUCGAGGUCUCGCAAGAUGUUCCUCCGAUCGAAGAAACGUUGACAAGGACCCAGUUCGAGGCGCUCAGUGGGGAUCUCUUCAAUCGAACCGUCGAAUACAUCGACAGAGUGCUCCAAGAAGCAAACAGGACGAAGGAUACUGUGGAUCGCAUCCUCCUGAUCGGCGGCGCCUCCCGUAUCCAGUACAUCCGCCAGCUCGUCACAUCGCACAUGAACAAGGAACCGCUGGUCAUCCCCGGAAUGGAGCCCGACGAAGUGAUCGUGUCUGGGGCGGCAGUUACAGCUGCCAUCAUCUCUGGAAUUGGUUGGAGCGACAACUCAUGCAUAUUGGCCAUGUCCAUUGCGCCUCUCUCUGUUGGCGUUGAGGCGGACGGCGGGCGCACAGUCCCGGUCGUGUCUCGGAACACUGUUCUGCCCACGAGGAGACAAAAACUAUUCUCGACAGCGGCAGACAAUCAGACCUCUGUCACGAUCAAAGUACACGAAGGGGAAAACUUCCGCGCGGAGGACAACCGUCACCUUUGUUCCCUCGAGCUCACAGACAUCGCGUCCGCGUCGGCUGGCGUCCUGAAGAUCGUGUUGACGCUCGACAUGGACGAGGACGGCGUCUUACAGGUCACCGCGAUGGAUGAGGACAGCGGCCACUCGGCCUCUGUCUCAAUCACCAACGAGAAGAGUAGGCCGACGGAUGAUGAGAUCCAGAGGAUGGUUGAGGAGGCGGAGGAGGGAUCUUGUUCGAUCGAUCGACCUACACCAACCAUCGCCGAGAAAACACCUCCAUGCAGCGACUGCCUAGCCACACGACCAGUGGACGUACCUCCACAAUCGUUGGAUUCCCGGGCCCACCACAUCAUGUUCAUGAUGAAGCUGUGUGAGAAACUAGACAAUCUGUGGUACGCGGUGAGGGAUCUCUUCGCCCGUGCUGACGAUACGAACUCUGCGGAAGAAGUCGUCGUCGAUGCAAUCCGCGAGCUUUAAUAUUCCUGUCGUCCUCGUUUGAAUAUCCUGCACUGGCAUCCUCAACGGUUAUGAUCAACACAGCAAAUUGAGACAUCACUAGUAUUACAUAUCGAGAGACACACUACAUCUUUGGCUACAGUCCUACAUGAAUGAAAGGAACCCAGGCAAGUAGAGCAGCAUCAUUGUCCAUGGUCCCAAUCUCCUCCCUAAGCCUAUUCACAGCCAUAUGGAGAGCCAAUGCAGACAUGGUACCUUGAGGUCUCUGAUCCUUGCACAGGUAAGAAUACACCCCAUUUGUGACGACUGGGGCAUCCUCAUCCCUGAUUGACCACAUGGUAGCAAUGACAGAUUUGAAUCCAGCAAACAGCAUGCCAGCUGCUAGAUGAACUGCUUCCUCUGAGAGCUCAGGUGUACCAGUAGCUGUCUGACAAGCUGAGAGAA